AAGAUCAAUCCAAUAGACGUGAACGUUCUUACUCCAUUGGAAGUACUCUACUUCAUUCCCAGUGAUCUACAUGAUUUUGCUGUUCGUGAUGAAGCCAAAACUGUAACGAGGUUGAUGUAAACAACCGCGCGUGUAGUACCCUCGCUCGUUUUAAGCGAUCGAUCACUCGGAUCAGUAAAUUGCAAUUCAAGUGGUUCUUCCCCUCGAAUCGCAGUUUGUACUUUGAGUGAGUGCACAUUGCGUGUAUAUGUGGAUGCAUCUGGAGCCAUUUAUAGACAUCCGGAACUCUGAUCAACUUGAAACACAGCCAUGCCGAGGACCGCAAAAACCAAGACUGCUGCAGCAAAACCUCAAGCCAAGACAAAAGCCAAGACAAAAACCAAGACCAGUAACGCUGCAGCAAAACCGCAAGCCAAGAAAGGCUCUACUUCUGGAAGAAAACAGUCCAAAAAGUCCUCUGCUGAUGUUGCUGAGAUGUUGAAGACGUUGAAUCAAAAGACCUCGGACACGUCUUCCCAGCAAAGCUCUUCAGGGCCGGUGACAAGACCGACCAGCAGAGGGCAAAAGACCAAAGCACCCAGGGGAAGUGACUCUACUACCAGCCCUAGGCAAGGGCAAACGACAGCUAGGGGAGGCAGGGGGAGGGGUGCAAGAUCGAGACGAGGAGUGGCUGAGAGGACACAAGAUGCAGCAGAUGACUUGCAGGAAGAUGUCAGAACAAACAGAGGCACUGCAGUGAAGAGACAACAAAAAAUGAGGGGGAAAAACCAGGAAGCGAUUCCCGUUGCAAGCAGAGAAGUUAGCCCUACUAAAAGGAGACGUCAAACAGAUCUGAGGAACAUGUUAGAUGACGACGACUACCUUGAGAGGCAAGUGUCAGCCCAGAGCAUCGCCAAGUGGCAGACAAUGACCAAGACGAGCCAAGAGUUCUUGAAUCAGAUCGCUGACGGUGCCAUCAAUGUCAUUUUGAAUGAGACAAGUGGUCCCGCCCACAACGACAUCCAAGAUCAUCUGAACAACUUGAAAACAAGGCUUAUGAAGAGCUUUGUAUCACUCAAAGUUCCCAAUAGAAGACAACCGAACUACCGAGAAAUGGAGAAACAGGCUCGGAUAUUGGAAGCAGGGCUGGUUGAGACCAGUAACCAGGUAGAAUGUCUAGACAAAGAAGUGCAGCUACAGCAGGAGUUACUUGAGCAGAAGGAGGAAGAAUUGGACAAACUGGAAGCUGCGGAGCAUCAAGAUCACCAUGACAACGAUACAGAAAAUAUGAAGAAGCUCAAUCCACUGCUGCAGGAUACCAGGCAAGAUGUCUUGGGAUUACCACCUCUGAGGAAAAGUCGCCAUGGCAACACAUCAGCACAGUUUGAGGAUGUAAGAAGUUCAUGUCAGCAGCAAGUUGUUGAGUCAUUGCGUCAUUGGAGCCAGACGCAGGGUGAAGGAGGAGUCGUCGAGAUGACAGAAUUCUUGGAUGCGGUGUCUGCAGUUCAAGCAGCACUACCUCAGUAGGAGUUUUUCUAACUCAAGAUCCCUUGAACUUAAGGACUGAACUACAAAACAGUGGCCGACAAAAUAAACUUACGUUGGUGUGGCAAUAUUUUUUUUAUUGGUAAUUCACGUUACAAGCAAAGGAUAUGGCAAAAAUUUAGAUACCUUGCAUUUGAAAGUUUCCUCACACUGUGCACUGUUGGACAAAUCUUUUCAGUGGCAUUACAUUAUUAGGGUAUAAGUCAUAUGCUGCCAUAACAAUCAUUAAAACAAGUACCAAGUGGUACAACCCAUGGCAGCCGGGUAGCAGCGAGGCCGGGUAACGUGUGAAGACGGCUAUACGGCACUGUCCGUGCACCUGGGCCGUAUCGGUACCUUGCGAGUACAGAAUAUGAAAAGGAAUGGGGCGUGAUCUAAUAUGCAAAAAAGUAUGCAAAUUAGACGCAUGCGCAACAGUGUCUGCAAAACUGGUCUUCGAAUUCAAAGCUGUAAUACUUGCAAAGCUGUAAUACUUGAGUUGUAUGAAUACAAUUAUA